CUAAAGAAGUCGAAUUAAAGAAGAAUCAGCUCCAUCUGGAUUGCGGUGGAAAAAUGCGUCUAUUCAGGGAAAUCUUUUUUGUUCUUUUCGUAGGGGGUAUCGCAGCUCAAUGGCAUAUGAACCCCCUGAUGAGAGUAUGGUACACUUUGCUACCCAAUUCGUCUUCCGAAUCGCCGCUCAACAAAGAGGACGACUGCACCGGUUGCGCGCAGAAUAAAGUCAACGUGAUCGUUCCCGACCCACUGUUGACUGAGCUGAGAGUGGAGUACGUGAAGCAGCAGAUUCUGAAGAAGCUGCGACUAUCAAAGCCGCCUGAAAUCUUGAUGCCACUGUCGACCUUGCCUCAACCUGUAAUCAAUGGCAAUGUGCUUCUACCUGAUUUAGAAAGACCGGCAGAGAACUUCUACGGGAAAACCAACCAGGUCGUCGUGUUCCCAAGUGAAGGUGUGGCCGAUUCGACGAAAUACCAUCACAGCUCGAAUCACAUAACAGGAUUCAAUCUAGCGGUCUGUUUCACGUUUUACUUGCCAAACGAGAUGCUGUACGUCGACGUGACCUCGGCAGAGCUUUGGUUCUACAAGGAACAGGUCGAAAACGACGAUGAGCUCAAGCAGACAUUCGUGCUAUCUGAACUCGAUCACUGGGACCAGGGUGGCAGAUUCGAAAAGAACACCGUCAUGGCAAUCUUUGAGACCGAUAUCAGAGAAGGUUGGGUAAAGACAGACAUGAAAUUUAUGGUGAAGAAAUGGAUUAGUCGGCAUCGAUUGCACCACUCCAUCCAAAUAGUCUGCACGACCUGUUCGACCGAUCACGGUAAAGCGCCUGUGUCCAUCGAACAGACUCUGAAGCCGUUCCUAGUAAUCCAUACGGAGCCGUUGCCGCAACGGAAUAGGCCCAAGAGGCACUCGAAUUGCCUACCCGAAAUGACGGAGUGUUGUCGGGACGAGCUCUACAUUAAUUUCGGAGAUAUCGGUUGGAGCGACUGGAUCUUACAUCCCAGCGGAUAUCACGCGUAUUUCUGCCGAGGGUCCUGCUCCACGGCGGCAUCUGUAACCGUCAGCGGUUCCCAAUACAACAACGUUAUCAUGAAAUUGUUGACUAAGGACGGGGGACAACAAAAAAACAAGAUAGUGCCAUGCUGCUCGCCGACGCAGCUUGCCCCUCUCCAGCUACUCUACAUCGACACGAACAAUACAAUCACACAGAAAACAUUGCCGAACAUGGUAGUGGAAGCUUGCGGUUGCAUGUGA